AUGACAGAACCAUUCCGUGAGCCAAUAAUCUUAUCCUUUACCGAUGACACUGGCAAAAUACCUGCUUUUGAAGAAAUGACAAUAGAUGAUGAGGAUAGUAUAGGUGAAAGUUCUGAAAUGUUUCCUGAUGCUGAACAAACAAAAAUAAAGCAACGGUCAUACGAAGCAGUAGUGUUAUCAGAAGAAGAACUUGAUGAAGUUAAAAUUAGUGGACCAAUUCCUUAUCAAAUGAAUAAUCUUUUUUACCAAGGAGAUGAUCUUGAAAGAAAAAAACAAAGUGGGACAGGACUAGGGUGUGUUAACACGUGUUUUGGACCAUUUAGAGUUGCAUUUCAAGAAAAGCACAAACUUCAAAAUAUACCACCAAUUCAUCAACAAAACUCUCUUAAUAUCACACCUCUUCGUCCUUCUUUUAAUAACCAAAAUACCCUUCAACAAGUGCAACCUAAAUCAGUUAAUCAACAAGUAAAUGAAACAAGUCAAAUGCCAACAAAUGAACUUCCAAGUAUUAGAGAUAAUCCAUUUAUUAAAAAUAUUACUAAAACAAAAACACAACAACAAAACAAACUUCCAAGUCCAUUAGAUCAAUUUCUACAGCCUAUUGAUACAAAUAACAUUCAAAGUUAUUCUCAUGUACUAGCUAGAGAUCAUUCAGUUUUAUACAAUUCUUCAAGGGUUCAUUCAGGUGAAGAAGAUCCUACAAAGCAAGGUCCUCAUUUAGACUAUUUAGAAAAGGUCCAUCUUAGUGAUGAUAUAUCAAUUCCAGAAAAAGAAGUAAGUCAUUCAUAUUCAAGAAAGACAAAUAAAAAUCCAAAAAAAAUCAAAUUAAUGAAAGGCAUUGAAGAAGAAAAUUCUGUUUUGUUAAAAGAUAAAUCAAGAAAUGGGAAAAAAAUCUCUAGAAAAAAAGAAAUAGAUAUUGAAGCAGUAUCAGGUAAACUUCAUAUGAAUAAAGAUCUUGUAAUAUGUUCAUCAAUAUUAGGUGCUAUAAUGAAUAACCAAGAAAGCGAACCAUUUAAAACAGAAGUAGAUCCUAUUGCACUAAAUAUUUUAGAUUAUUAUAAAAUUGUUAAACAUCCAAUGGAUUUAGAAACAGUAUCAAUUAAACUUAGUAAAGGACUAUACGAAACAAAAGAAGAUUUCAAAAAAGAUAUGAAACUAAUAUUUGAAAAUGCAAAAAUUUAUAACUCCUCUGAAAAUUCAAUACAUCAGUCUGCUAUUAAUUUAAUGAAAAAAUUCGAUAAAAUGUUUAACUCAGCGUUUCUAGAGAAUAAUCCUCCAAAAUUAAUACUUCCAGAACAAGUUAGUGUAACUCCUACUUUUCUUCCAGUAGCUGUUCGACCAAUAUAUGAACAUAGUAACUUCUAUUAUUGUGAUGAAGCAGAGAUUGAAGAAAUGAAAGAAAAAAUGGCUAAGAUUAGAGGAACAAAAUAUCAAAGAAAGAAAAUGACGAUAAAAGAAAAAGAAGUAUUAACAAAUCAAAUUUCUAAAAUGUCAAGUGAACGAAUUAAUCUAUUAUUUAAUGUACUUGGAAUAUUCAAAGAACCUGGUAGAGUUGUAGAAAUUAAUUUGAAUGAUUAUGAUGAAGAAGAAUUAAUAAAUAUUAAAAAAAUUGUAAAUGGUACAUUUUCUAUUCCUCAUGACUUCUUAGAGUUACUUCAAUUAAACAAAAAUUAA